AAAGCCGGCAGUGGCUGGUAAACAACAUUGUAGUUCGGAAGCUUCACGAUGAUGGAGCGCGUAUGUGUAACGGUGUUAGCCCUCGCGAGUGUAGUGACAGCAACCCCUCACGGGUAUGGAGUGAAGGGCGGUGCCGCAGCCAAAGCUGGCGCGGCCGCAACAGCGGGUGCUUUCGGUGGGUUCGGUGAUAUCCCUGUCGCUCUUACUAAGGGCGGAGGAUUCUCAGGCAGCUAUUCUAACUCCGCAUCAUCAAGCUUUGCCGCCUCAAGCGCCAGUUCCAGUGCUAGCUCAUUCAGCUACAGUGGGUCUGGUAGCCUAACAGGAUUGCCCGUCGGAACAAAAUGUACGGGUGGCUGUUCAACUGGAAGCGACAUUUCGGGUCUACAAGGGUCUGGCAACACCGGAAUUGGACAAACCUACAGUGGAGCUAACGCCGGAGCUACGGCUGGAUCAGUCGCCGUGCCCGGCUCAUAUGGUGCACACAACACACCAUGUACUAGUGGUGACUGCUCGAACACAAAACCAGUUUGUGAAGGAUCUAGCUGUGGUGUAGGCACAGCUGCCGAUAAAAAAUGCGCAUCCGGUGACUGUGCUUCAAGCACUCAACCAAAUGAAGACGGAUCCAAUGAUAUACCAGUCUUUACAAGUGGAGCUGCAAAACCAUCGUCUUACGAUACUACAGUAUCUGGAUCGGGUACUGGAUGUACUUCUGGAAGCUGUGGCCAAAAGACUGCAUCAGCCUCUAAGGUAUCAUCAUCGUCUUAUGCGUCAUCAGAUGCUAUUCCUAGCGCAACAGCUGCAAUCGACAAUAAACCUUCCACUUCGUUAUUGACUCCUAAAGUUGAUGGGCCUUGCACAGCACCCAACUGCGGUUCAUACUCUGAUGACGCUUAUGACAAGGAUAAACCAUCUAGCUACAAUGUUCCCGCCCAUACAGUAGGUUCUGACAGUAAAGUCCCAUGCACAUCUGGUAAUUGUGGAAAUGAUCAAACAAAUAACUGUGCAUUCGGAAACUGCGCAGGUCAACCAUCAAAUUCAGCUGUUUCUUCUGCUAAAUCUCCAAGUAACUCAAGAGGAGACUUGCCAGAUUUUGUACCAUUAGUACCAACACAAUCAUCUGGAAUACCUGCAACUUCUCUGUCGAACAGUCCAAGCUAUUCUCUUUCUGGUCCUACGAAAUCGCCAUUUGUGAACGCUGCAACUGGUGUCAACGGCAUUUCCGGAUCAGUGGACACAUCUAAAUCCAUCAGUGCUACUUCUGGAGCUUCGGAUAAAAUUCCUUACCACGGUGGAUUCGGAGGACCUCCCGGUAUUUUAAAACCGAAUGAGUUCGGCGCUCCGUCAAAGAUUCCUACAUCGAACUAUAAUCCUGUUGCACCCCUUGGAUCGGGCAGUCAUCCAACUUUGUGUACUUCUGGCAACUGCAAUUCACAACCUAAUCCGUCCAACAAACCUAUAACGCCAGCCAAUUCUUAUAAUCCAACUGGCUGUACUUCUGGAAAUUGUGGUGCUCAAACUUCGGCUACUGGGCCUCACUACAAACCUACGUCACCAACAGGGUCACUUACACCGACAGCUCCCUCAGGUUCAUACAAUCCUGGUUGUGCGUCUGGCAAUUGUGGCUCUCAACCUGUUUCAACGGCCCCUCAAUAUGGACAAAAUGGUUCCUAUAAACCAACAGGCUCAUAUACUCCAUCAUCAUCAUACUCGCCAACUGGCUGUACUUCCGGAAACUGCGUUACUUCGUCGGUUCAAACUACACAACAUGUGCAAAGUGGUUCAUACAAACCCAUUGGUUCUACAGGCUGUUUUUCUGGGAAUUGUGGUCCCCAAGAUGUCCCUUCCUCCCCUCAGUAUGGAUCUAGUGCUUUCCCCAAACCAAUAACACCUACAGGAUCAUAUACCCCAACUGUGCCUUCAGGGUCAUACACACCUACAGGUUGUGUGGCUGGAAAUUGUGGUACUCAACCAAACCCGUCAUCUCCUCAGUAUGAAACUAGCGGUUCUUACAAACCGACAGCGCCCACGGGUUCCUAUACUCCAUCGAGGCCUUCAGGAUCGUAUACGCCUACAGGCUGCUCGUCUGGAAAUUGUGGCUCCCAACCUAUAUCAUCAUCUCCUCAGUAUGGCCCAAGCGGCUCUAAUCAGCCGACAGGACCCACAGGAUCGUAUACACCAACAGGCCCUUCUGGAUCAGGUAUACCUACUGGCUGCACUUCUGGAAAUUGUGGUUCACAACCCAUUCCAUCGUCUCCGCAGUAUGGACCCGUUGGUUCCUCUAAACCAAUAGGACCUACAGGAUCGUAUGCUUCGACAGGAUGCGAUUCGGGUAAAUGUGGUUCACAACCUACUCUAUCGUCGUCUCAGCCUGGGCCAAGUGGCUCCUACAAACCAACAGCGCCCGCAGGAUCAUACACUCCAUCAAGUCCUUCAGGAUCAUAUACGCCUACAGGCUGCUCGUCUGGAAAUUGUGGCUCCCAGCCAGUACCAUCAUCUCCCCAGUACGGACCAAGUGGGUCCUACAAGCCAACUGGACCCACAGGAUCAUACUCACCCACAGGCUGCACUUCAGGAAAUUGUGGAUCGCAACCUAUUCCAUCAUCUCCGCAAUAUGGAUCCACUGGUUCCUCUAAACCAACAGGACCUGCAGGAUCGUUAGCUCCGACAGGCUGCGCUUCAGGAAAUUGCGGGUCACAGCCGGCUCAAAUCUUCCCUCAAAUUGGUUCCUACAAACCUAUAGGAUCAUAUAAUCCAACAACCUCAGGAUCUUACACUCCAAUAGGUUGUUCAUCUGGAAAUUGUGGAUCCCAGCCACAAAAUGGUUCAUAUAAACCGACAGCACCAACAGGGACAUAUGCCCCAACCGGCCCCACUGGAUCAUACACACCUUCCGGCUGCGCAUCUGGAAACUGUGGAACAGAGCCUGGCCAUAAUACUCCAACAUCUGCAGGAUCCACGAGUUCGGGUGUUUCUGGCGGUCAAUAUAAACCAACUGGAGCUUCUUGCACCGGUGGAACAUGUGGAACCUUUUCUCAGGAUCAAAGCAGCUCGUCAAGUGGAGUUCAACACAAACCAUCACAUGGAUUUGGCGGACCUCCGGGUUUAUUAAAACCUAAUGAAUUCAACAUACCUUCAAAUGCUCCUGCUUCUCAUUAUAAACCAACGUCACCAACCAGUCAGGUUGGCAUUAGUUCUACAGCACCUGUAGCAUCUUACAAUCCGGCACCAUGCACUUCUGGAGCAUGUGCAGUUCAACCUGGACACUCUACAUCUCAGCAUGGCCAAAGUAGUGUGUCAGGAUCUCACUCAGUAGCUGGCGCUGCGGCUAGCGCUAAUGCAGUUAUUUACACCGGAGGUUUUGGUGGCCCGCCAGGUCUAUUGAAACCCUACGAUGAUGGCAAAUUGGUUAUACCUCCGGGUUUUGGCGGAAAGGGUGCUCAAAUUGGAGGCAAUUUCGGGAGUGCUCCAGGUGCUAUUCAUUCAUCAUACGGCAAGUCAUUAGAUGGCGUUGGAGCAGAAGCAAAUCUUGGAGCUGGAGCUCAUGCGGGUGCUGUAGCGGGAUCAUCGGCUGGCGCUUACACUGGAUCUGACCACCAUGGCAAUAACCACGCGGCUGGAGGGUGUAAAGGUGGCUGUGGGUCGGGUGGUACUACGGGUUUCGGACUCAACGGUGCUGUGGCCAAGAGCACAGCCAAUGCAGUAAGCGGGGCCAGCGCCGGCGCGUACGGCGGCAGCUUUGCCAGUAGUUCGGCUUCAGCACACGCAUCUGCGGGCGCCGCCACUAAAGGAGGUUACGGCAAAAGAUAAGAUGACUUCACCAUAUCAUUCGCCCACAUACGUGAACCCAAGACUUAUUAAGAUGACAUGAUUAGAAUAAUGGUGUGACUCAAGUUGAUGUAACUAUUGCUACUUGUAAUAUAAACAUUGUAAGAUAAUUGUAGCCAUAUACGUAGAGAUACUGAUUUAUAUUGUUAAGUAUUUAUACAAUACUAAAUUAAUAGCUUUCUACUGAAUUAAUAUAAGUAAAUAGAACGUGAAAGCGCCUGUA